CUCUACAGUUGUCAAUUUUCGAUAAAUUCGGCUGGUGCGGUCGGCUAAUCAACCCUAACCAAUAAGCCUUGAGUGGUGCCUCAGGCAUCGGCAUGAUCGAGAACCUAUUCUGUUAGCUCGCUUUUCUAAAAGAAAUUUUGGAGAGAAGCUCUGUGGAGAAUUUCGUGCGUCGAGAAAGUUCAUCUCCACACCCAGCACAGCGACUUCACUCUACGUCGCAAACUCAUAAUACCGCACCACAACCGCGUAUUAUUUGAGAAGCAUAUAUACAAUGGCAUUCACUCCAAGGGGCCGCGGCGGCGGUGAUCGUGGUGGACGUGGUGGCUUUGGUGGCCGCGGUGGUGGUGAUCGCGGUGGACGUGGUGGAUUCGGCGACAGAGGUGGAUUUGGCGGCCGUGGAGGUGGCAGAGGUGGUCGAGGCGAUAGCAGAGGCGGUCGUGGCGGCCGAGGAGCACCAAGAGGUGGGCGUGGUGCCCCACGUGGAGGUGGACGCGGCGGUGCUGGUGCCAGAGGUGGCGCAAAGACCAUUGUUGAGCCCCAUCGCCAUGGCGGCAUCUUCGUCGCUCGCGGAAAGGAGGACAUGUUGGUGACCAAGAACAUGGCACCAGGAGAGUCGGUUUACGGCGAGAAGCGCAUCUCUGUCGAGAACACCGCUGGCGUGAAUGACGACGGAACCCCAAACACCACCAAGACCGAAUACAGAGUGUGGAACCCUUUCAGAUCUAAGUUGGCUGCUGGUGUCCUCGGUGGUCUUGAUGAGAUCUUCAUCAAGCCCGGAGCUAAGGUUCUCUACCUUGGUGCCGCUUCCGGAACUUCGGUUUCCCACGUUGCUGAUAUUGUCGGCCCAACUGGUACCGUCUUCGCCGUCGAGUUCUCUCACAGAUCCGGCCGUGACCUGAUCAACAUGGCUACCCACCGCACAAACGUCAUCCCAAUCAUUGAGGAUGCCCGUCACCCGCUCCGUUACCGCAUGCUCGUAUCGAUGGUCGAUGUCAUCUUUGCCGAUGUUGCCCAGCCUGAUCAGGCCCGUAUCGUCGGAAUGAACGCCCACUUGUUCCUUAAGGUUGGAGGUGGUGUUGUCAUCUCCAUCAAGGCCAACUGUAUUGAUUCGACUGCCGCGCCCGAGGCUGUCUUCACCCGUGAGGUUCAAAAGAUGAGAGAGGAGAAGAUGAAGCCAUUGGAACAGUUAACUCUUGAGCCCUUCGAGAGAGACCAUUGUGUCGUGACUGCUAUUUACAAGCAUUCUGCCGAGUAGAUUGGUGUUUUUUCUGUUCUUUUUUCAUCCUCUUUUCACAGGAAUCUGCAGGGCCACUUAUCCAUGGUCAGGAAAAUGGAUGGGUUGUCUCUUUAUCUGGUGUACCUACUACUGCGUAUGGGAUGGCGUUCGGCAUUAUUCAUAUGACCAAAUAAAACAAUUACCUUUUUACAAAA